AUGGUGCGGCUGCCGAACCCCUCGUCGCUGCCAAAGUCGCACAAGGAUCGGAAUCGGAAAGACAAGGACAAGGACCCCAUCUCAACGCACGACGGACGGGGCGACGGGCCGCUGGGUGUUUCUGAUUUUCCACCGAGGAACCAGGAGCAGUGCGCGUCGAUCGCUGUGAACGAGACUGAAAACUUCAACCCAGGAAUGGCGAUGUCUUGGACAAGAGGGUUAAAGCAUGGUGUUAUUCUGAGAAAUGCUGCUCAAUUGGUAGAGAGUAGAAGCCUUGCAAUUGCAAGCAAGGCAAAGAAGGGUGGAAAGGGUGGAGCGGCUGAUGCUGCCAAAACUCCUGCUCUCAGCCAAGAGCUCAAGAGUACAACAGUGUUUGGGGCAAACAUCCUCAAGGAGGGUUCUGAUCCGAAAAUCCAACCAGAUUCUGAGUAUCCUGACUGGCUGUGGCACUUGCUUGACAAGCGUCCUGUACUAAGUGAGCUGCGGAGGAAAGAUCCCAAGACACUCCCUUAUGAAGACCUGAAGCGUUUUGUCAAGUUGGACAACCGAUCUAGGAUCAAGGAAAAGAAUGCCCUCACUGCUAAGAACUGA